AAUCAUUUCAUUGAGUUAUUUAUUGGUGUUUGUUUUCGUGUUUAUAUUCUGGGUUUUUUCCCUCAGUAAAAAUGAGUGCUGCUCUCGAAAAUCUCGAAAAUCAAUUGGAACUUUUCGUGGAAAAUGUCCGACAGGUCAAAAUUAUUGUUAGUGACUUUCAACCACAAGGGCAGAGUGUUCUCAACCAGAAAAUAAAUUCUAUCGUGCAAGGUUUGCAGGAAAUUGAUAAACUGAAAUCUCAGGUGCAAGAAGUACAUGUACCUCUGGAAGUUUUUGAUUACAUUGAUGAAGGGAGAAAUCCUCAGUUAUACACAAAAGAUUGCAUGGAAAAAGCUUUAAAUAAGAAUGAACAAGUCAAAGGAAAGAUUGAUUCAUACAGGAAGUUUAGAGCUCACUUACUAGAAGAGCUUAGCCAAGUCUUUCCGAAUGAGACAAUGAAAUAUCGGACUGCCCGAGGAGAUGAUGUCAAUAGAAUCCAAUAGUUUGGAAUAACAAAGUCUUUUUUCAUAUUGGAAAUGCAGGCUGUAAAUUGCCUUAGACUCGGCUCUUGCAGCUUUGACUUGAAUAUACAGUUUUCUAUAAAUGUAAA